CACACACACUGACCAUGUGAUGUGAAUGCCCCCUGUUCCGGGUAGAGGGAGGGAGGUAGCAGUUCAAUGUAAACCUUCACACUGAUGGAAAGAAGCGGCCAACAUCAGGAGCAGAGUCCCUCAGUCAGCCAGCGCUGCAAUUUGCCCAAAAUGUUCAAUUUGUUUCUCCAGCGUGGAUUAAAACUCCGCGAGCCCUCGGCCUCUAAUGGGGAGCAGCUGCAUUAACUAGUGGACAGACUUCCAUUAACAGUUUUUCUUUGCCGCCGGCCAGGUCACCGAGCUGAGGACGCACUGUUACAGCAAGAGCGACGUUAAACUGACUAUUUAGAGUCCUAAUGUGGCACGUUUGUUCCUGUUUUGAUAGAGAGACCGGAUCACGGGGACAGGUGACCUUAAAGCUGCGCGUUAUCUUUCUCUGAAAACCCUCGAGGAAGUUGAAGAGGAGAGAAACGGUAAGGACGGCAAGAAUUCAAUUUCAGCUCUAAAUUCUGCUUUACUUCGUUGAACUACCAGCAGCACUACUUAUACUACAAUGGACUGUAAAAGACACAUACUACCAUCAUUACUAUUGCUUCACAGUUUGUUAGAUGUUUUCUGAUGAAGUGGUAGAUGAAGGGAUCAGGAGACACCUGACAGACUGCUGAGGCAUGGCUGCAGGAGUGUUGAUUGGCCUGGAGCGUGAUGCCGUUUGCAGCCGGUGGGUUUAACAACAGGACAACAGCAGCUCCCAGGAGAAGGGUUAACUUGUCACAGACACUACCUCGUCAAAUGACUCUGUCCUGACUCACCCAGGGGCUGCAGGCCACAGCAUGGGCAACUCCUCCAGAAAGGGAGAGGAAGAAGAGGAAGAGGAGGGGGCAAAGGGUGGUGAGGAGGCAGAAAUCACAGAGAAGAAGAAAGAAGAGGAGUUGGAGGUGGAGCAGGAUCUUCCAAUGGGGGUGGAGGAGUUGUUUGAGAGUGGAGAUCCUGUGCUGGACUUGAGCUACCGUAAAUUUAAGCGGUUGCCUUCGCGUGUUAGUGGACUAAUGCAUCUGGAAAAGCUGUAUGUUUGUGGAAACAGCCUACGCACUUUGCCCGACAGCAUCUCCCAACUGCAAGGUCUGCGGAUCCUUGCCCUCGACUUCAACAAGAUGGAGGACGUUCCCGCCGCCGUCUGCCAGCUCACUAACCUCACUCGCCUCUACCUGGGCAGCAACCGGCUCAUGUCACUCCCGCCAGAGGUGAGGAACCUGCAGAGUCUGCGCUGCCUGUGGAUGGAAAGCAACUACUUCCAGAUGUUUCCACUGGAGCUCUACGACCUGCCCAACCUCAAGUCCCUUCAGAUUGGGGACAACCGGCUGAAGAGGCUGCCUCCUGACCUCUGGCGUAUGGAGGCUUUGAGGGGGUUAUGGCUCUACGGGAACCGCUUUGAAACCUUCCCCAAAGUCCUGCUGCGCAUGGAGAGUUUGGAGAUACUGGAUCUGGACCGCAACAAGAUAUCAGAGUUUCCCAGCCUGAAGCGCCUCCAUGCCCUGCGCCUCUUUUCCUAUGACCACAACCCAGUGGAAAGCCCACCUAAAGUGGGAGAGGAGGUGCUUGUGGUUGGAGAAGGUGCUGCAGAGUUCUUGGAGAAGCGUGAGGCCAGAAACGAGAGGCGACGAAAGGCCGCAGAGCAAGAGGCCGAAGAGUUGGCUCUAGCAGGAGAGGAGCCGGUGAUUCACGGCAUCCUGAAGAACAGCAGCUCCAACUCAAAACAAGCUGUGGUGACUUUAGGGGACGCAGACGUUACAGAGGAAGAGGCAAGGGAAGAGGAGGAGGAGGAGGAGGAGGAGGAGGAUGUGGAGGUACCUGUCACUGAGUACGACGGAGCUGAGCUUGAAUAUGACGAAGAGGGUGUUGAAUAUGAAACGGAGGAGCUGAUAUGUGAGGGAGAGGGGUUUGAAUAUGAGGGGGACGAGCUGGAAUACGAAAGGGCUCAGAUGGACUAUGAGUAUGAGGAGCUGGAGGACACAGGGAGACAAGAUGAAGGGGCAUGAAAAAACCCUUCACCAUUAAGACUAAGAUGAACUGCAGGCAGGUGGAGGUGAAUGACAGAAAUGAAGCUGACACAAAUUAGCUGUGCUGCUAAUCUAUCGUUAAAUGUGAAAAUGAAUUAGUAUUAAGGCAUUAUAAAACUGUAAACUGACAGCACCUGUGACAUCUCAAUCAGCUGCAAAUGAUCAAGACAGAGCAUUACUCAGAUGGAGUGUGUGUGUGUGUGUGUGUGUGUGUGUGUGUGUGUGUGUAUGGGGGGGGGAGUGUUUUACAUUAGGGUUGUUUUCUGUGUGUUCACAUGAGACCAAGUCUUGCCGUAUUAAAUAUUCUCAGCUAAU